AUGCUCUGUUUGGGCUGGGUGCUUCUCUGCUUUGUGGCUGGAGAGCAGACCGCGGGAUUUGAUCCUUCAGCUUGUGCCACCAAAAGACUUGUGUGGACGUAUUCUGUGAAGGGUGCAGAGGAUUUUGUCCUGUUUUGUGAUUUGCCAGAGCUUCGGAAGUCACAAUUCUCCCAUAUAAGUCAACGGUCACCAACACAAGGCCCUGCCCACAUACCUUGCAGCGGUAAUCAGGACCUAUCUGAUGUCCAGUGGUACAUGCAACCUCAGAGUGGAGGUCCAUUAGAGGAGAUCCGUAGGAACUCUUCUCAUGUGCAGAACAAAGGCAUGUUGCAUGUGUUGGCCUCACAGAUGAACAACGUUCGGUCAUAUAUCUGUAGACCCAGGAUUAGGAGUCCCCAGGAUAUGGCUUGUUGUGUCAAGACCAUCUUAGAACUUAAGCCUCAGAGAAAUGCAUCCUGUGGGAAACCAGUAGAGAAUGAGCAAUACCUAUUUCUUGGUAGCACUGGCUCCAUUUAUUGUCCUAGUCUCAGCUGCCAAAGUGAUGUACAGAGUCCAGAGAUGACCUGGUACCAGGAUGGAAGGCUCCUGCCUGAGUAUAAGAACAAUAUCAUUAAGUUGGGUGCCAUCUAUGAUCAUCACCAGGGCUUGUAUGUGUGUGAUUACACUCAGUCGGACAAUGUGAGUUCUUGGACAGUCCGAGCUGUGGUUCAAGUGAGAACCAUUGUUAAGGACACCAACCUGAAACCAGACAUUCUGGAUCCCAUCACAGACACUCUGGAAGUAGAGCUUGGAAAGUCUUUGGUGCUACCCUGCAAAGUACAAUUUGGCUUCCAAAGACACUUUCAGCCAGUAAUAAAGUGGUUUGUCAAAGAAUCUACUCAGGAGCAGGAAAUCAAAGAAUUUGAGGAGAAAAGGAUUCAAUCCAAUUACAAGAACAGAGUCAUCGAGCACACUGCCUUCCUGAGAGAAGUCACUCAAAGAGAUCUCAGCAAAAAGUUUGUUUGCUUUGCCCAGAACUCCGUCGGGAACACAACACGGACCAUCCAGCUGAGGAAGAAGGAGGGGGUGGUGUUUGUAUACAUCCUCCUUGGCACAGCCAUGAUGCUGGUGGGCAUUUUGGUCGCAGCUGCCUUUCUCUACUGGUACUGGAUUGAAAUCGUCCUGCUGUGCCGAGCCUACAAGAGCAAGGACGAGACGCUGAGGGACAAGAAGGAGUUUGACGCCUUUAUAUCCUAUGCAAAUCGGAGCUUUCCUGAGAGUGAAGCCACUGGAUCACUGAGCGAGGAACACUUGGCCCUGAAUCUUUUCCCCGAAGUGCUAGAAAACAAAUAUGGAUACACUCUGUGUUUGCUUGAAAGGGAUGUCACCCCAGGAGGAGUGUAUGCAGAUGACAUUGUGAAUAUCAUUAAGAAAAGCCGAAGAGGAAUAUUUAUCCUGAGUCCCAGCUAUGUCAACGGACCCUGUGUCUUUGAACUACAAGCAGCAGUGAACCUUGCCUUGGGUGAUCAGACACUGAAAUUAAUUUUAAUUAAGUUCUCUUCCUUCCGAGUGCCAGAAUCACUACCUUUUCUAGUCAAAAAGGCUCUUCGGGUUCUUCCCACAGUCACGUGGAGAGGCUUGAAAUCAGUCCAACCCAGUUCCAGGUUCUGGACCCAGAUAUGUUAUCACAUGCCAGUGAAGAACUCCAACAGGUUUAUGUGCAAUCGGCUCAGAAUUAUCCAGAGGGCUUUUCCCCCUGAAAAGGACCUAGCAAGAGAGAAACCAUCAGGAGGAGCAUCCAGCUCAGAGAACAGCCAUGGAGCCCAGAGCCUCCUCCUCUCCAGCCACCAGAAGAGGUGCUGA